AAGAAAAAUGUUGCAGAAAAAUAACAAACAUACCACUAUAAAUAGUUUUUAUUAUUAUUUUCAUUUAGAAAUCACCAAUAAAAAAUAAACAAGUUUUAAAAUAACUUUAUUGACUUUCUAAAGAAGAUUUCCACGUGGUCCACCUGCUGCCAUGAGGUGAUGAGUGUGUGUGAUAUGAAGCUGAAUCCAGUGUAUGUAGUGAAAGUGAACUUUGUGCUGUAUUGAUGAGGAGUUUAUUGAUCAGAGUCCAUGUUUCCAGGAUCAGACUGAAUGCAGUGCAGUGCUGGAAGCUGCUGCUGACUGUGUGAAUGUGUGUGUGCUGCUUGUUGCUGCUGUCAAACUUCAGAUGAGCAGGUAGUGAAGCCCGUGGUGAGCGUGUACCCAGCAGCAUCCAGAGUCCACCAGGAGGGGAGGAGCUCCCUGCUGUGUCUGGCCUCAGCCAUGUUUCCUCCUCUGGUCCAGUUCUCCUGGAAAAGACAGAAGGAGGACGGUUCUCUGGAGGAGCUGCUCCCUGCUGAGGGAGAUCAGCUGGAGAUCAAAGAGUCAGGACGCUCCGCUGCCAUCAGGGUGGUCGAUCGUGAUGCUUUCUACACACAGAAAUACAUCUGCUACGUCAAGCAUGAGGGGGGAACAGUGGAGGCCCAAACACAACAAGAGCUUCCAGCUCCAGCAGCCUCCUGUCCUCCAGAGAGAGAACCAGCAGACCUGCAAGCUGACUUGUCCUUCCAGUCUGAGUUGAGGGUGAAGCUGCUCUUGCUGCUGUCCACAGUGCUGAUGGUGAAGAGUCUGGUGUACUGCUGUGGACUCUCUCUGCUGAUGAUCCUCAGAAACAAGGGACCGUCCACCAACUGCACACAUGCUGACUGACUGUUUUCUGUUGCUCUCUUUUUAUGCAGAUUUUACAGUUAUUUUCAGAAUUGACAUCCAUUUAUUAACAUUUAUAUUUGCUGUCAUGAAGUGUAAAUUCAAACGGAACGUUUGAUCUUAAUGAUUUAUUUUAUAUCUGCUUUCUGUCUUUGACAUAUUUGAUAAUUUUCAGUUUUUCUUCCAGUCUGCAAUUUUUUUUGUAUUGCACAGUUUUUCUGUUUUUUCUUUUCUUGAAAACAAAAUGAAAUAAAUGUUUAUUUUUUUCAUAAUAAAUAUCAA